GUACAUGCGCAUUACUCUCUCUUCCAAGCCACGUAUCGAACUUUCGUAUUCGAUACAUCGAUUCUCGAUCUUCAAUCACCAACGUGAAAAUUUCCAUUACAAUAUUAUAUUAAUUCGUAUAUUUCGCACAUAAUUAUAUUCGACGAGAUUUUCAAUCAAAUUGAUCGUUCGUAGAAGAAAAGAAAAUUCGUCGAAGAGUUAAAAUUGAAAAUAUGGAAGACACGAUUCAAACGGUUCGAGGGCAAAUCGAGAUAACGGUGGAGCGGCGGCGCGAUGGUGUCGCUGGAAAUUUUAUCAAUACCGCGGCUGUCUAGUCGGUGACAGUCGCUCGUGAAAAGUACGCGGUCAUCUGACGGGGUUGGCAAGUCAGCGGAUAGCUCUAGUUCAGGAAACCAACAGCGACCGACGAACAACAUGGCCACCGAAGGCGGUCUGGCACCGGAUGCUGCUGCGGGUGCAGGCGCAGGUUCCGACGGGAUCGUCGGAGGUCCGAGAACGCCUCAGCAGAUCGCCUCGCAGAAACGGCUGCAGGCGACGCAGGCGCAGGUGGACGAGGUCGUCGACAUUAUGAAAACGAACGUUGAAAAGGUGUUGGAGCGUGAUCAAAAGCUGUCCGAGCUCGAUGAUCGAGCAGACGCGCUUCAGCAAGGAGCGUCGCAAUUUGAACAACAAGCAGGAAAACUGAAGAGGAAGUUCUGGUUACAAAAUCUGAAGAUGAUGAUCAUCAUGGGCGUGAUCGGAAUAAUCGUAUUGGCCAUCAUUGUUGCGAGCGCCACCGGCAGCAACGACUCGCAAAACUGAACACGUGAGUAAAAUUAAGGUAACAACAACAACAACAGCAGCAACAACAACAACAGCAACAACAACAACAGCAGCAAAAAAAAAAGGAAAGCAAAAGGAAUCAACAGCGAAACAAAUGCGUGUGAAGGAAUGGCGGGUUAUUUGAACGUGUGAGACUGCGUUACAAUAAAUAAAAAAUAAAAAAAAAGAAAAAGGAUAAAAAAAUACACAUAAUCGACAAGCAACAAGCGACAGCAACAAUAAUAGAGAAACGAGAAAGAUGUAUCGUAUUUGAUAAGAUGAAAGCAACCGAAAGAAACGAAGGAACAGUGGCGUAGUGAAUAUCCAUCGUUGAUCGAUUUUUGAAUACUUCGAAAAAAAGUUCUUCGAUCUUCCAAAUCUGAUAUAUAUAAAAAAGAAAAAAAAAAAAGAAAGAGAGGAGGAAGCGAAAAAAUAGAAGCGAGAAAUAUAAGAAAUAACGAUAGAUAGAUUCUGGGAAGGGAGAGAAGAUCGAAGAAGAAGAAGAGGAGGAAGAGGACGCAACGAUUAUGAUUUCGUUCGCAAUUCCGCCUUCUCUGUUCGAGAUCCAAAACGACGCUUUCGACUCGAGCGCGAGAACGGACGCGGUUUAAUUAUUUUUGUCAAUGUUUCGCAAAUGGACGAAGGCCGGCCACGAGAUAAAGAAGCUCGAGGAACGAUUUAAAAUUCUUUGGAAAGAAAUCUUUGUCGAUCGUUCGUUCGAUCCAUUUGAUGGUAACCGGUUAGAAAAAACGGAAAAAGAUCGAGGCACGGAAGAGAAAAGAGGAGGAGGAGGAGGAGGAGGAGGAUCGACGUAAAAUCGAUCGAUCCUUGCCUUCCUUCGUCCAUCUUUGUGAAUCUAUAAUACAUACGCACUAAGGAUAAAAUAAGAAUAAAAAUUAAGAGAGAGAAAAAUAAUGGCCAGUGUGUACAAAGAGAAGAGGGGGGAAUUAGUGGGGGGGGAUAUCGGGUAUAUAUCGCGAUACAGGGUGUCCGUAAAAACUAAAGCAGGAUCCUUUUCGACGAAGGCAGCGUCGUAUCGUAGGGAAUUUUCAUUGUGUCUCCCUUCCCUCCGUAAAGAAGUGCCGAAUAUAAAUAAAUAAAUAAUAAAUGUGUGUAUAAAUGUUUAUAUCGACGUUUACUUUAUAAAUAAAUAACGCAUGUAUAGAGUUUCGAGGAAGAGCGUACGAUUUAUAAUCGAAGAGCGUGCAGAUCUUCCGUAUCGUUUCAUAACUCUGCUUGUUCGAGACUUAUAUACGUACGUUGAAAAUCAUGUAUUGUUCGAAAAUUGUUCUCGAAAGUAUUCUCUUCGUCAGGAUCUUGUAACGCCUCUUCCCUUAUCGUUUUCGUUCGUUAUCGUGUUGAUGAAAUAUAGUCAGGGAGAAAGGGCGAAUUUUUCCUGUCCUAAGAUUUUUUUACGCUUCCGAAUUAAAAAUGGAAGGAAAGAUCGGUUACGAUAAUCACGCGUGGAUCGUAUGCUCUGCUUGCAACGUAUAUAUAUGUACAUCUCGUGCUGUAAAUAAUAUCAUUUCUCCUUCAUGUUCGUUCGAUUACGACCAACCGCUGAUAAUUAAUAAACGAGUAAAAAAAAAAAAAAGAAAAUAAUAAAAAAUAAAAAAAAAUAAAAUACCACGCAAGAUAAUGCGACAAAGUGCGAAAGGAUAAAAUAGAGUGAAAGGAAGAUUGAAAGAGUGAGAGAGAGAAAGAGGGAGAGCGCAUCACACGCAUCCUUUGUUCUUUCGAGCCCGUUAUCCUUCUAUUCGAUCGGGAAAUGAAUAUAAGUAGAAGAAGCCUGCCUUCGUCGAAUACGGCAACGAACGUUUUCGAGCAACCUGUGCGACGAAACGAGAAAACGAAAAAAAAAAAAAAAAUUAAAAAAGAAUUAGAGAGAAAAAAAAGAAGAAGAAGAAGAAGA